AUUUAAACAUGAAUAAACUUAACCUAACUGCUACACAAUUUUAUCGUCUAAAUCCGAUUAUUGUUGCUUGCAACCCAGUCAAAAGGUAUCGAAAAUUUAAAUAAAAAUGAAUACGCAUGUUUGAGAGGUAAAAGUACAAAUGAUAUCUUCAUGAUGUUAUUAACAUAUCAUUAAAUACAGAUAACAUACUGACAAUAUAUCCACAGUAGUAUAUACUUUUAAGUAUGACACGUUAUAUUGCGUUAGCUGUAUACAUAUUUACACGUGAUAUAGCCACGUGUAUACAGCGUUACAUUGCAUGGCUUCGAGAGAUCGCAUUCGUGUUCUUUUCUACUUUAAAUAUUAAAUGUAUGGUAUGUUUUCAAGCCACUUAAAAAUCAUUUGACAAUUCAAAGUAAAAAUAAACUGAACUUAACAUGACCUUCCACUUAAAAAUUGGCAUGAAUGACACCGGUACUUCGCAUUUCCAUUACCGACUGCAUUACCUAUCUAAUUUCUUUUCCCGGUAAAUGAGUUUGAUAAAUAUUUUAUGGCUUCGUACAAUCGAAGGGAGAACAAAUUAAGAAGGUAGACGGAUCAAUAUGCAAUGUAUGCGAUGCAUCAAUUUGAAGAAGCAUUUAAAUUUUACGUUAGUCGAGCGAAAGCUACGAUGCUUGUUAUCCUAUUUCUUCAGAUUACUCUUGUACUUAGUAAAAGUGCACUUUAUAGAGAACAUCAAUGCGUGAACAGCGUCCAAAAUUUAAAAUCGGUCGUCGAACUAAUCGUAGAAGAAAUGAUUGAACGAUCGAAUUGCAUUGUUUUUGUUACUGAUUCCGUUUACAAAACACUUGUGGAUAUUAAAUAUAUUAAGGGAUCAUCAACUGUAUCAAAAUACGAGAUUAUAUUGCGGGAUAAUGAACAAUUUUUUCGACCGAGAAAACGAAUUCAAAAUAUUCUGGUUGACAGUAAAGCGGUCGGCUGUAAUGCGUAUGUUAUACUGAUUGCUAACGGAUAUUUGACAUCAGAAUUUUUGCAAUACACAGAAAGAAAACGUUUAAUUAACACUCAUGGACUAUUUUUGCUUUUACAUGAUUAUACUCUAUUGCAACCUGAUUUACAUUACCUUUGGAACAGGAUAAUUAAUGUAGUUUUUAUACAUCAGUACAAUGCAUAUAAGCAUCGUUCCGGUGAAAAAACCUUCAAGGAAAAAAUUGAUUUGGAUACCAUCUACUUUCCUACUAAUAAAAAAACAUUGACUAAAACCAAAUAUAUAGAUACUUGGUAUAAGGGAAAAUUGCGUUAUGGUAAUAAUCAUUUCAUAGAGAAAACCAACAACUUACAAAAAAAACACUUACGAAUUGCUGUGUUUGAACAUAUUCCAGCCGUAACAGAGAAAUCAAGAGCUUAUUAUAACAAACAACCAAAUAAUAGUUUAGAAGCUUUAGGGAUUGAAUUUGAAUUAAUACAGAUUAUAUCGAAAGCAAUGAACUUCAAUCCAAAAUAUUAUAUGCCAUACAACAUUCUUUCUGAAAAAUGGGGUAACGAAGGAGACAACCAAACUUAUACAGGUCUUGUAAAUGAAGCUGUGCAAGGAAAGGCUGCAUUUUAUUUGGGUGAUUUACACUAUACAUUGCAUCACUUGAAUUAUUUUGAUUUCACUAUUCCAUAUAAUACAGAAUGCCUCACUUUUUUAACACCAGAAUCUUUGACUGAAAAUUCAUGGAAGCUUUUAAUACUUCCGUUUAAAUUAUAUACAUGGAUUGCACUUCUCCUCACUUUAAUUUUAGGGGGUGUUACAUUUUACUUUUUAUCACUGUCCUAUCAGAAAUAUAUAAGCUCAUAUAAAAGUCAAAUGAAUAUUGAAAAUAUAUCUAUGAAAGAAGAAGUAAAAGGGUUAUACUUAUUCACUGAAAUAGGAAAUAGUAUAUUAUAUACUUAUAGCAUGUUAUUUCAAGUUUCAUUACCGAAUUUGCCAAGGUCUUGGGUUGUACGAGUACUAAUUGGAUGGUGGUGGAUUUAUAGUAUUCUAGUUGCGGUUGCAUAUAGAGCUAGUAUGACUGCAGCUCUUGCAAAUCCUGUUUCCAGAGUUACCAUCGAUACAUUAACACAAUUGGCUGAAAGUUCUAUAGAAGUUGGAGGAUGGAAUGAAGAGGGCAAAGACUUCUUUUUAAUGUCAUCAGAUCUUAGUAGUCAAGAGAUUGGUAAUAAGUUUCAAUUAAUUAAUCAUGAAGAGACUGCUAUUGAGAAAGUAGCAAAUGGAUCUUUCUGUUACUAUGAAAAUUCUUAUUUGCUUCGAUAUGCUCGUGUGAAAAGGCAGAUACUUGAAAAAGAACAAAAGAAAAAUCAAACUGCUAAGAAUGUACCAUUAAAACAUAAUUUGCACAUAAUGGAAGAAUGUGUUAUAAAUGUACCAAUUGCUCUGGGCAUGGAAAAAAAUUCACCACUAAAACCACAUGUUGAUAUUUUGGUAAGACGUAUAAUAGAAGUUGGAUUAGUUCAGAAAUGGUUAAGUGAUGUUAUGGAAUGGUCGAAAAUUAUGGAAAUACGUCAAGAAACAGAAUCUGAAAAGGCACUGGUGAAUCUCUAUAAAUUACAAGGUGCAUUUAUUGCUAUUGUAAUUGGUUAUUUAUUAGCUUUUAUUAUCUUAAUAGGAGAAAUUUUAUACUGGAAACAUAUUGUGAUAAAGGAUCCAAAAUUUGAUAAAUAUCAUUUAGAUAUUUUUUAUAACAAUAUUUAUUAUGUGUAA